CUACCCCCCAACGUCUUGUGUUCUUCCCCACAACCCCCGCUGUUGCUCGGCUUCCGUGAACGCUACAAGUCGCCUCUAUCUCGAAGUCUAGCUUGGAAGAUGAGCAGAGCUACUGUGUUGCGCUAUCUCGGUACAAUCCUUGCACUCUCGUUGCAUACGACUGCGAUUCCGCUUGGAACACGCGCGGACUCCAACGAGUCUACGAGCCCGGAGAACUCUGUCAGUGCAGAACCGUCGUCUUCGGUGCAGGAAGAAUCUGUCGGGCAUUUGAACGACUCCUGGGUAGUUGCAGUCACAGUAUCUCUGGUGGUGGUUGUCCUUGCCCUUGUGGGUGCUGUGCUUUUCGUCAAGUUGCGGCAGCGCCGCAAGAGGAGCAGGCGGGGACGAAGGAAUUAUGUUCGGGCGUCAUCCCAACUCGUCAUGGCGCCCGAACGGUCAUACGACCACGUCUGGCGGGGGCCUUAUGCGUCGCGAGCUUCGAACACCAGAUCACCGUCUCCGCCGUCCCCUGCGCAUCUCUCUGAAAAGGACAAAAGGGGCCCGCCCAAGUGGUGUUAUGAAUAGUACCUUUUCCGAUCUCCCUCUUCACGCCAAGGACGACUGCGGGGCGUAUUUCCGGCUUGCCUGGACACCUCACUAAUGCCCACCUUACGUCCUGCACAUCCUCCGCGAUGCCCGUACUCGCCGAAGCAUGCACAGUCCCCGCGGAGUACAGACGUACGCGCAGGCAGGACUGCAUCUUCUCGCGCCGGGGCCCUGCUGCAGUGUUUCUCGGCGGGCUUGGAAUGCGCGCCCACACAACUGGCGGUGUAUCCGCCGAAGCUCAGUACCAGUCUAUCUAGCCUCGAGGCAACGAUGAUUGUUCCCGCCCCACACACGCGCCGUAGGAGCUUUGUCUUGGCGAGGUCUGGAUGCAGUAGUCCCCCAUGUAGCUGUAUCAGUUAGCAAUCAUAUCCCAUCGCUAGGGUCAGCCCUCCACGACCUCAGUCUUAUAGAGUAGACCGUGGCUUGCAUGAUCACGCCGAC